AUGUUGGACGGACACUGUCAAAAAUAUUGUGGGAUGCAGGAUAUUUGGGAGAGUAAGGUAUUUAAGAGGAUAUGGAAGCAUAAUGAAAGUUCUAAUGGGGACCGCUUAUCAUUAAACCAUGACCAACUUGGAACUUUGAGAGAUAAUAAAGGCGCUGCUAUUCCCAAUACAAUAGGCACUGAAAAGGGCCAAUUAGCUAACAGUCCCAAAGAUGACAAUCUUACUGAAGAUCAUCAUAUACAAAUGAAUCAGGAGCCUCUGGAGUGGUACACCAAGGCUUUACACUUUAAAGAGCGUAUUCGGUUUCAGAAAGAUUCCGGUAAAAUGAGGUCGCUCUUAAGUGAUAUAAAACUUGGACACAGGGGUACCAUAAUGGAUGAUUUUGUGAAUUAUCCAUUAAGGGCGAAUUUUACUGGGCCUCGUUUAUUAGCCAGUGAUUUUUCUGUACCCUCUAGCGAAAUUACAGGGGACGUUAAAUUAAACGUACCCGCAGUUGCAGAAAUAGAUGAUGCUCAGCGCCUUAAUUUAAAGGGUUACUCAAAUAACUUCUCUGGAUUUUAUGUUCUUUUCUGGAUGGCAAUAUCAUUUACCGUUACAAAGGUAACCAUUAAAUGUUACUUACAGUAUGGUAAAGAUAUAUUCAAAGCAGAAAUUGUCCAAUAUAUGACUACAGAUUUAUGGAGGGUUGCAUUGUUUGAUUUGGCAAUGUACCUAUGCACCUAUUUUGUGUUCCUUGUCCAGCUGAUGUGUAGGUGGGGCUACAUUAAAUGGAAUAGAACGUCUUCCUUUGUUACUUUACUGUACGAGAUUGCUUUCGGCGCCACGUUUACGUAUCUUGCUGAACACACUAUGAAAUUCAAAUGGAUAUCAAGGAUAUUUCUCUUCCUACAUUCCUGUGUGAUGCUAAUGAAAAUGCAUUCCUUUGCAUUUUAUAAUGGUUACUUGUGGCAAAUACAGGAAGAACUUGCGUUCUCACGAGAAGCGCUGAACAGGAUUAAAGACGGUGAUGAGAAUGUCGACCCUGCUGUGAUUGAGUCGCUAGAAAAAAGUAUGACAUUCUGUAAAUUCGAAUUGCAAUCUCAAUCAGAAAAGACCCCAUUUCCCUCUAAUAUCAACAUUGAAAACUUCUUCAUGUAUACUAUGUUCCCCAUUUUGGUUUACCAAAUCGAAUAUCCAAGGAAUAAGAACAUAAAUUGGCUAUAUGCAAUUGAAAAAGCAGCCGCAAUCUUUGGAUUAAUUUUUAUAAUGGUCAUCAUCGCUCAAUUAUUAGUAUAUCCCGUCGCUAUAAGGGCAAUAUCUUUGAGAGGACUUCCUCUGCUGACGCGCGCUAAGAAGUGGCCUUAUCUAGUGCUUGAUAUGGUUCCUGGUUUUAUUGUUAUAUAUCUGCUGGUAUGGUACUUAAUCUGGGACGCUAUCCUUAAUUUCAUUGCCGAAGUCACGAGGUUUGGAGACCGCUACUUCUACGGUGACUGGUGGAACUGCGUCGAUUGGACUGACUUUGCUAGGCUAUGGAAUGUUCCUGUCCACAACUUUUUACGCAGACACGUUUACCACAGUACAUUGAGCGCUUUUCACGUCACCAAGACUCAGGCAAGUCUGAUCACAUUUGUUUUAAGCUCGUUGGUACACGAACUUUCAAUGUAUGUUAUCUUCGGCAGACUGCGAUUCUAUCUGUUUUUCAUUCAGAUGGCACAACUACCACUAAUGGCUUUCAAUAACUCAAGGCUCCUACGAAACCGAAAGGUGCUAUUAAAUAUACUGUUCUGGCUUAGUAUUUGUACAGGACCAAGUAUGAUUUGUACUAUUUACCUCACGUUCUAA